AAUCGAAUCUUUUAAUAAGAAUUGAUUAUCGUCGCACCUCAAAUUUUGUUAGUUUCGCACAUGAACGUGUAUUAGUUCGUGGUUUUGCAUGCAUCAACACAUCGAUGAUGUAAAUAUUUACCUUUAGGCAGAUUUCCUGAUGUCAGAUGUCGUCUGGGCAGAUAAUGCGUUUCAUCUUUUAGUCUUAGUAGGCCUAAUUAUAAACUGAUUAGAUUAUUAUCGCAGCAGUCGCACUCGCAGCAUUAGAAACUUUAUAUUGCCUACUGCUUACAAUAAUUAGUUAAAAUGUUAAUCGUAACCGGAUUUAUCUGUUUCACAUUGUUGUUGACUGACCGACGGUUAUACCACGAACUAAUGAAUUAAAGUGUUUGGUAAAGAUGUACACACGAAUAUAUAUAUAUGUCCAUGGUUAUACUUUAUAGUCGCGGCUUUAUUUUUAAAUCCUAAAAACUAUUGUCAAUUAGUCUGUUUCUUUUUAUGAUUCCCGGGAGAGAAAAGAAGUUUACGAGGAGUCUACAGAGAACUUCCAUAAUGUCUGAUUUAGGUCGGGGAAGUGGAGCGCAAUCAGUUGAGACUGACGGUUUCAUCUCUCGCCUAUUUUUGUCAUAUGAAUGUUCCUCGAGGUCUUAAAUUGUGCUUGGUUUAUCCCGUUUAUUAACCAUCAUAUUAUUAAUGCUGGGAUUUUCAAAGGUAUGGUGAAGACACUGACAAAAGUUCUUCCCCUCUCCAGUAUUUCACUGCUGCAAAGGAUGUUCAGUCAUGUAUUUGUGUGUACAUCUUAACCAAACACUUUAAUUCCUUAAUGGAAUAUCUCUCUCUGUAGCUGAUUCGGGGGGCCGGUCAUUUCACCCCAAGACCAUUUCGUCCCACACCAAAAACCAAUUCGUCUCAAGCCCAAAAGGCAAUAGAUCACCGAUAAAUAAAGUAACUAUUAACGUCAAAUAUUACCAAAAGAGCUAUAUAUCUAAAGAUCGGGAUUAUACAAUAUUGUAUGAUUUCAAUAGCUCUGUCGCUGAGGUUUGGGGGAGCACUCAUUUCAUUUCCAGAUACUCAAGGGAGAUCACGCCUAUGCUUCAUCCCUGACGAGAAUGGCCGCCUGCUGAGGAUGGGGUAACGCCAAAAAUUGUGCUUUACCAAAACAAGUUAUAUAUAAAGUAGGCAACUGGUUUGGACAUUAAUUGAGAACUCACGGUGCAACAUAGAAUACUCUUGAGGCUUAACAGAAAAAGUUUGCAAUGCCCGAAGAAUCUUUCAAGCUUGUUGACGAAAAGCAUGUAUCCACCGAAGUGGAUAUGAUGCUAUGGUCACCUAAGCUGGAUUUGAUCGCCUUGGCGACAUCACAUGGUGAAGUGGUUCUGCAUCGCCUUUCGUGGCAGAAGGUGUGGACUCUUCCAUCGCUUGGGGAGGAAGAGAAGAUAGGAGGAAUGGCAUGGCGCCCAGAUGGCAAAGUUUUGGCUGUAGGCUACCUGUCAGGGAAACUAAAGCUGUGCGACGUAGAGAAGGGAGAGGUGCUACACGAUGCCAGCGUGGAAGGGGAAAUAACAUGCAUGAGUUGGAUUGCACAGUAUUUACCCGACGGCAGCACAUGGACAGCUGAUCCCUACAAGGAAGACAAUUCUAUGCAGUUUUUGCCAAAAGUCCAGCCACUCAACAAGCAUCACAGUGAAGGAUCGGUCUCCAAAGGUGCCGUGGAAGAGGUGGUUGAAGAUGGAAAAAAGCUGAAAGAUCAGAAAGAGCUGAACUUUUUGGUGCUUGGUACAAACAGGGAUGUUGUGCAUCUGAUCGCCUAUGGCAUUUUUAGAGUGGCAUCAGUAACAUUUGUAAUUCAGGAUGGAUCACAAGAACGACGGGUGUGCUCUGCUAUAAUAACAGAAGAUCUGUGCUCACUGUCAUUUGUUGUUGAGUCAACCUCAGAUGAAUCAGAUGAAAUUGACUACUACCUUCUUACUUUUGACACUAAGAUUUUGAUGAUGAGACACAAGGAGAUUCGAUUGAUGGCACUACAGUAUGGACAAGUGCUCAUGCUCAUAGAGCAUUUGCAGACAACAGUGACUCAGAUGUCAGAGGCAUGGGAAGAUAUUCUGACUGAGAUGGAUGCUAAGCUACUGAAGUUUGCUGAAGAAAAAUGUCGCAGUGCACAAGGAACUGUGUCUAAUGACUUCUUGGAACUUUUGCUGUUUGGAACUCCAAGUGUAGAGUUACAAAACUUUCUGUUGCAUGAGUUGACAGAGAAGGGCCUUAAAAAAUUAGGUUUCUCAAUUGAAACAUCUUACUCAAAUAUUCAGAAACUAGUAGUAAAACAUUUACAGACUGCCAGCCAAGCUCUAGUCUUUCACCUGACGUAUCUGCAAGGUAUGGCCCGGUGGCAUGAUCAUUUUGGAGUCUUAGGGCUUGAUGCAGAUUCUAUUCAGGAAUCCAUAAAAGCUGCAGGGUCACUGGUAAUAAGUGCUUAUGACCUUCAGCAGGUCAUUGAUAGUAGCAUAAAAAACUUUAAAGCAUUCUUCCGUUGGUUAUAUGUUGUUAUUUUGCGAUUGUCCAAGGAGGACAUACCUUCAGAGCUGAGUAAGAUGACACAACAUGAUGUCAGCUUUGUAGCAGAGUUUUUGAGAGAUAACUUCAGUCACUUUAUACCAGAAGAGAAUUCAUUAUUUUCAGAUGAUAUGUAUGGACAAAAAUCUGCCUCAUCAUUAGCAGGCAAGGAGGGGCGAUCAGGUUUUAAGCUGGAAAAAGUAGGCCAGUACCUCAAGCGUGAAGACUUGACUCAUCCAUCACAUAUGACCAAUAAUCCAUGGGUGCAGUUUGUAAACACUUCACCAGCACUAUCUGACAGUCCUCAUCUGUAUCCAACGCCAAGCACAAAGUCCUUGCUGCAGCUACAGGAUGCUAUGGAGCAGGCAGUGCAGUCGGCUCUUCAGCGUCCACUGAAUGUCAUCACUCCAUCACUUCGCUGCACUGUGAUCUACCACCUUUUUACAAUUACUUCUAGUGAGGCAGGUGCAUUCCACCAGCAUGCUCAGCCUAGGGUGUGUCAGUUUACAGACCCAGGUGCCAGCCAGUCUAUCACUGUAUUUACUGCAAACUUCCUGCCUAAUGAUGUAUUCUACAUCCUUCGCCAGACAACUGACUCACACUGUGAAAAUGCUCCUGACGGUCGUUCAGCACUGGUGCAGUUUCCAAUAUUGUCUGUUGCCCCUUCAGCUUACUGCAGCAUCAACACAGCAGAAAAUAUCAUCAAUAUGACGACACUGCAGCAUCUGCCUAUUGGUCAGCUGUUGCCCAGCAAUGCACUGCAGCAUUUGCAGCACAUGAAGGCUCACUCACUUGCUGUCAGUGGCUCUCGUAAAACAGCCACAGUUUUGUUUCAAUCUCGUCGUCGUGUUCGCAUUUUCUUAAUGGAGGCAGAAGAGGAAGAUGAGGAAGAAGAGGAAGAAGAGAGGGAAAAGGAUGAGAGCUGGAUGAUGCAACCCAGCAGCUGGCAGUUGACAGACAUGUCACAUGUCAGUGCCAGUGAGAAUGAGAGUGAUGAGAACAAAGAAAACACCAGCACCUCUGGCUGUGGUGCAGAUGUAUGAGCUAAAUGAAGUUUUUGUAACGACAGACAAUUGAUGGAUGUAUUAUGGUGCCUAGAGCAGUAUAAGGUGUGGGUUCCAAAAUUUCAAAGGAUUACGGAGGUGCAAAAUUUUGUUCUCAUGAUUACUAAAGCUUAAUGCAUGGUACUAUUUCCCCAAAUUAGGGUGAAUACGUAUGUUUCAGUCUUGAGACAUUGCUGUCAACACCAUUGUGCAUGGAGAGGCCAAAAUUGAGACGUCAUGAUAGGCCUAAUUAAUAUGAGUUAUGAGCUCUUCCAUGGCUGAGGCCUUCCCAGCGUAAACAUAUUGAUAAACUAUCAUCAUGUCUGUGUUCUUGAUCCUCUUUCUGUGGGUGGUGAUAUUUUCUUAAAAAUGGAUUUUGUUUUUCAGUCAUAAAAAUCAUAGAGUUCAGUGUAUAUUAGAUUUAAGAUGGUAGCUUGAGAAUUGAAAGUGAAGAUGUUAAAAAAAUAUAAAUGCUGGUCUGGUAGAAACAGCUAUUAUCUUGUGAUGUACAAAGUAGAGGAGACACUGUUUAUGUUUCUGUUAUUGUUGCUUUAUUUCUUUGAAACAUUUGAAGGAGAGAAUAUGGAAAAGACUGAUGUAUUUUUUGUGUGCUGAUUUCAGUACUGACUUAUCAGCUAUGUUAUUUAACAACAGCACUUGAAUAUAUCUUUUGGGUUUGAAAUUUUGGGGAUAAAUGUGUAUUACCACAUUAAACACCAACACAUCAAAUGAAA